AUGUCUAAUACUACUCCCGGGACGCCAAACCAACAGGCCAUCACUAUAUAUGAUGAUGAUUCUAACCAUCAUAUCGGUGAUGAUACCGUCUGGAUAUACAACGGCUGUACCUUCAAACGAAUCACGAAGAAGGAAGCAGACGGAAGUAUUGUCGAGCUUCGUAAUGGAGGAGUUCUAUCCUGUCCUAUUUGCCCAGAAAUCGGAGUGAUGACUACACUCUCCAACUUGAUUGGACAUCUUGUCGCCAAGAACCAUGCACAAAGGUUCUACCAUCUCUGGAGCUUGCGUGGCUCUGGGAACAACAACGCGGAACCGAUGCUUCUUUUCCAAGAUAGCUGGGAGACUGCAAACCAUCUCAAGGUUCUUCGUUCUAAGCGAUUGGAGAAGAUUGAUAGGGCUGUCAUCGCGCAGGGUGAAUACAAUUGGACCCGACUCAAAAGCCGCUUCAACUGCAUGGUUGAGGGCCACCAAAAUGGAGGGCAAGCCCCUCAUCCAGGACAACUAUUCAUGCCAGAAUUCGAUAUGCUACACAAAUUCAAAGGUGUUGACAACCACAUCGGAGGAUCCGAAUGGAGUGGUAUCUCAUCCGUUCGAACUUCAGGACAGCAGAUCGUAACCUCAGUCUUCAGACAAGCGAAAGAGAAAAUGACUGGGACCAAAGGUCCUUUGUCCGAGAUCGUCGACAACCCACGCAAGCGACGAGCCCCUGAAGAGAAUGAAGCCGCUGUCUUCAAAGUUCCAAAGGGGCCAUACCUCUGCAGCGAUUCCGGUAUUCGAACUGACCAAGCAACUAACAAUGAAGAUGGACAAGCAGAGAGCUACGAGUCCCCGAAAGUCACAGGUACCCUAGGAAUUCAGUUUCCUUGGACAGACCAACAAAUAGCUGAAGCUCGAGCUCUGAAAGCUAAAGUCGCAAACUCAGAGGGCCUCACUCCAGAAGAGGAGGAGGGCUACAAGAACUACCAGCAGCUUUGUUUCUUGUUAGAUACCUUUCAAGAAAUGGAGAACGGAGAAACCUCCGGUACCCACUCGCUCUAA